GAGAACAAAACCGUAAAGGUUUCAGCUUUACCAAAAAUUUGGAAGGAGUGUGUAUGUACGAGGAAGGAGGAGCCAAAGAAUUCAAAUUGGCGCUCAAGCUUUUAACGUAUCUUCCCAAAAUUCUCCCCCUCUUUUUUUCGAAUCCUUAUUUUGGGGUUUAAAAUCCCUCCAAAAUCCCAAUCCCAAAUUCUCAAUCUCAUCACCCAUCGAUUCCGUCAAUCAUGUCAGAUCUACCGCCGGAAAGAUCCAAAAUGGUGGUUUAUUCACCUUCUUCCAUGUCGGAGACUUCAUCUGCUUUACACCAUUCCUAUAGUCGGAAACAGAAGUCUCUGGGUCUUCUUUGUACCAAUUUCUUAGCUUUGUAUAAUCGAGAUGGGAUUGAAAUGAUUGGGCUUGACGACGCUGCCUCCAAAUUAGGUGUCGAGAGACGACGAAUCUAUGAUAUUGUUAAUGUUCUGGAGAGUGUUGGGGUUUUAACAAGAAGAGCGAAGAAUCAGUAUACGUGGAAAGGGUUUGCCGCAAUCCCAGGAGCUCUGAAGGAGCUACAAGAAGUGUUCCUGAUGCAGGAAGAGGGGGUUAAGGACACUUUUCACCGUUUCUAUGUCAAUGAGAAUGUUAAAGGAUCUGAUGAUGAGGAUGAUGACGAAGAGUCUUCUCAGCCUCAUUCUAGUAGCCAGACUGAUAGUUCAAAACCUGGCUCUCUUCCCCAAUCUUCAGAUUUGUCAAAAAUUGAUAACCGACGAGAGAAGUCUUUAGGAUUGCUUACGCAGAACUUUAUCAAACUCUUUGUUUGCUCUGAAGCUAGGAUCAUCUCCCUUGAGGAGGCUGCAAAGUUACUGCUUGGUGAUGCGCACAAUACAUCAAUAAUGCGAACAAAAGUGAGGCGGCUUUAUGAUAUUGCGAAUGUCUUGUCAUCUAUGAAUCUCAUUGAGAAGACUCAAACCUUAGAUUCUCGAAAACCAGCUUUCAAGUGGUUAGGAUACAAUGGUGAGCCUACGUUCACACUGAGCAGUGAUUUGAUGCAAAUAGAAUCGAGAAAGAGAGCUUUCGGAACUGAUCUUACAAAUGUCAAUGUCAAAAGAAGCAAAUCAUCAUCUUCGUCCCAAGAAAAUGCUACCGAGAGAAGGGUAAAGAUGAAAAAACACUCAACACCAGAAAGUUCUUAUAACAAAAGCUUUGAUGCUCAUGAAGCAAGACAUGGAUCAAGAGGUUACCAGUUUGGUCCUUUUGCACCAGGCAGUGGCACAUACUCAACUGCUGGUUUGGAGGACAGCUCUAGGAGAGCUUUUGAUGUUGAGAAUCUGGUUUCGGAUUACCAUCCCUCAUACCAAAAUCAAGUUUUGAAAGACCUCUUUUCCCAUUACAUGGAUGCUUGGAAGACAUGGUACACUGAAGUCACCCAGAAGAAUCCAUUACCUAAUACAUCGCAACACCGUUAGAUUUAUUUCUUCUUCUUCUUCUUCUUCUUCUGCUUCUUCUUCUUCUCUUACCUGUGAACAUCAUCAUUCGUAUAGAGCUUUAAGAGUCGUUUCUUUUGAUCACUGUGUUUUAGUUUCUCCUCACAAUUGUAAUUGCAAGAAUCCAACAUUAAUUCACAGAUCGCAUACCCUCUUUGCCUUCU